AUGGAUAGCAACAGUGCACUGCGAGAUGAAAGCAUAUUGGAGGAAAGUUUUGUUGGAGAAGAUGAUGACAGUGAGGAAGAGACAGGAGAUGACGACUCAGAUCUCACUGAUGAAGGUGGUGAGAGUAGCUCAGAGAAGAAGACAAGCGGUUGGGGGUUACUUCCUCAUGUUUGCUUGCGACAUGUGUUCAACUUCCUUUCUGACCGUGACCGCAUGAGAGCACACGUGGUCUGUCAUCACUGGCACAAAGUCAUGCGCUCACCUUCUCUCUGGCGCUUCCGCUACUUCCACUUCAGUGGUCGCUUGUCCAAAUUGAGGCUGUCUGAAUAUUCCUCUGCUGUGGCCUAUGCCCGCUCCUUGGGAGUUUACUUGGAGAGGCUGGAGGUGUGUGUGUGUCCUCCACGCAGGUCUCUGGCUGCCCAGCGAGUGGAGCAGGCCAUCUGUGGGCUGUUUUCAGAGCUUACUAGGUUGAAGGCCCCAUUAAAAUCCCUCUCCAUCAUAAGGUUGGAGUUGGACCGGAAUUGCUGGACUUUAGCACUCAGGAACUCUUUGGUAAACUGCCUGACUCAAUUCCUCCAAAGAGCCUUGAGGCUCACAACUAUUAAUCUGAACUGGAUGCGAAACUCCAUGCAACAGGGAAUCGAGCUGCUUUCUGCCCUGUCACAAUCUCAGAGGCGCUUUCCUCCCACCCGGUGCUAUAUCUCAUCUUUGCAUUUAGAGGGAUUCUUCUCUAGUUCAGUACAUGUCCACCUCAACUCUAACGUCCCCAGCAUCAUGCACCACCUGCGAGGCCUCACUGACCUGAGCCUGAGUUACUCCUCUGUGUCAGAUGAGCUGCUUGUGGCCCUCCAGCACAGAAACCGAGGAGGGAGGCAGAACCCCAGUAGAGACAGGAUCACCUUGCAAACGUUUUCACUGAACUGCUCUAUAAAUGAGCCCCAUCGACAACCGGUAUGUGGUAGCUCAUGGGCAACUUUGGCAUCAAGCUCCCCUGACCUGCAAGUAAAAAUCACAGUGCAUCAAAUCAUCAACACUGACCGGCUCGCGAGGAUACUUCUGCCUGAGAUUCCCAUGACAGAUUUCACCAUGAUAGCCUUCUACGCCCCCGAUGAAGGCUGGACAGCCAGGCCAAUACUCUGUGACAUCCUGCCUCACUACCGCUGCAGCCUGCAGAAUCUAACUCUGGACCUGAGCAACUGCAGCGAGCGGUUAGAUGUGGAACUUGUGGAGCUGGUGAAGAUGUGCGAACGCCUGGAGCAGUUGGGAGUCUGGGCUUUCUUGGAGGUCGUCACUGUAGAAAAGCUGCUGCACAUCCGACUGACAAAAAGGAGAUUACUCAAUAAGAUCAGAGUGAGAAUCUACUCGAACAGUGACAGCACCGUAGAGCAGGAGGACCAGCUGGAGCAAUUAAUGUCGUCCUACGUGCGGCUCCCUCCUGAACUGGAAUUCUUUGCCAUAAUCUACCCCUAUGUUUAA